AUAUACUCGCGCCACCCAACAUGAUACGUAUGAGGGAAAUGGAGUCGCUGACAGAUAUGAAUUGGCUAGGAUUAUCAGAAGGAUGCUAUCUACCGACAGAUGCUCGAGUACAAACGCGAGAAGAAUACCCUCGAAACUCAGCUAGGCGAGGUCAAGAAGCGGUCGGCACAUCAUGACGACCACAUCCGAAUUGUUGACAACUGGUGGAUACAGUUACUCCAAGAGGUACAGUUAUUAGUUGAAGGAACCAUACCUUUCCAACAAGGAUCUGACAACCAGCCCUUUUCGACCCAUACCCAAUUCAAAGAUCUGGAAGAGUUCGAGUCGCACCUGAGUGAUAAGACUUCCACCAUUAAGAAGAUGGUCGAAGCGAUACUUAACCGUCUUAAUGGAACUCGUGGCGCUGUGGCCCCUGACAUUUCCGACCUAGAGAAAAAGGUCAAUGCGCUCUUAUCUCAGCAGAAAGAGUUUCUCGUGAAACUCGAUCGUCUCUCCAGCGAUAAAGAGAGCCUUUCUGAACAACUAAAUAUCGCGACACUACGAUACAUGAAGGCAGAAAGAAGACUCGACCGAGCUAAGAGUGCCCAAGUACAAAAGCUUGAGCAGCAGGCAUUAAACCAUGUAUCUACUAAACCAGCGGUUCAGGAGAAUGGUGUGUCUUCGGAUGAGAACAAUACAAACAGCGAGGCGUUGCAGUUAGCUCUCCGCGAAGCCAAUGCCGUUGUAGAGCGGCAAAAGGAACAGCUAGAAUCCGCUUUAGCUCAAAAUAAGAGCCUACAGGAAGAGCUUACUUCUGUACAGACCCGACUGACGAACUUGACCGACGAAGACUAUUCUCGCACCGAAGUAUUCAAAGUAUUUAAGAGCCAGAUGGAAGAGCUUCUCCGCAAGGUCAACAGUUUGGAAGCAGACAACAAGAGUCUCAGAGCAGCGGCCGAAAAGCUGGAAGCCGAGCGCGAGUCUAGCCGUCGAAAGGUUGAAAGCGAGGCGCAGGCGCUGAUUGCAGAACUAGAAGACCAGCUUCAACAAGCAGAUACAACCCUCGCACGAGUGAGGUCCGCGCGAGACGAACUUCAUGCAGAUGUUACGAUGCUCAGGGCGAGCAAGGAGCAAGAGAAAACAUCUAUGGAACACAUGAAGGAGUUAGUUAGUGCUAAAGAAGACCGAAUUGCCGCUCUAGAGUCGGAAGUCCAACGACUACAUCCCAGCGAGGAUGUAGAUAUGACACAACACCCGGAUAUCGAUGUCCUCUCCUUCGAGGAACUAAGAGAGAAGUAUAAGAAGUUAUUGAAGGACUACAAUUCGAUUGAGAGCGAGUUACCAGGUAUGGCACAUGCGGUCAAAAAGUUCCAGGCUCUUGCGCAUAAAAAGGUCAUGGAUCAAGCGGCUAUGGAGGAGCGGGUGGCGUUGGCUAUUGCCGAGAAAAGCAAGGCGGAUCAAAAGUACUUCACGGCGCGAAAGGAUGGUGACCUGAAGUUCGAAGCGAUCCAGAAGCUACGUACCCAAAACAGCAAGAGUACCGAAAUCAUCUCGCAGCUAAAGGAGGUGGAGGCUCAUAACCGAACCCUCGUAACGAACCUGGAUAAGCAACUUGCAGAUCUAAAGCAGACGAACGCUACGGUUAUGGCCGAGAAUAGGAAGCUUGAGACGUCGAGCAACGAGAUGGCGCGACGCUUCGAUGCAUUGAAGCAGCAAGUUACCGAGCUGACGAAUUUGGCAAAGUCCAAAGACUCCACUACUGCGGUCGCCAAAGAGCGCGCUGCUACGUUGGAAUCCGACGUAGAGAAGCUCAAGGUGCGCCUUGAGUCCGUAUCAAAAGACCGCGAUAAGUGGAAGGUUAAGUGCUUGAGUAACUCUUCGGAGGAGGAGGAAAUGCUAAGAAGCAUGGCAACGUGUUCAAUCUGCAAAAAGGAUUUCAAGAACACAGUUUUACGAACUUGCGGACACAUUUUUUGCAGAGGAUGCAUUGAUGAUAGAAUCUCUAACCGAAUGCGAAAGUGCCCCGCAUGCAGUAAAGCCUUUGACAAAUCAGACGCAAUGACUGUCCAUCUAUAGUAGACGCAAAGGGAAAUUCGCAGGGGCAUGAUUGGGGAUGCAUUGUAAAGUAUCGUCAAGAGGAAACGGCGUUGUUACAUGUAAGAGUCGAUGUACAUACUAGUGUUUGUUUUGCAGACGUGGGUUCUACCUUGGAGAGAGCUGAAGAGAGCAGUCUCAGUCUCAAUUCUAAGAGGGUUAUUUAAGGGUUUCGAAAACUCGGGCCCAACCUAUUUUGCCA